AUGAACAUGCGCGACGCCUACAGCGGGCGCAUCCUCUGGGAGCAGAAGCAGGGCUGGGCCGACAUGUACGAGCGCGAGAUCCUCGCGCGCGUGCCGCGGUCGAUCCUGUCGUGCCGCGCGGUGAGCCGCGAGGUCAACUUCAGCUCGGAGCAGAAGAUGGAGCACUUCCGCCUCGAGCAGCGCGUCCUCCUCCACGACCAGCCCUUCGAGGCCUGGAACUUCCAGUUCGGCUUCGUCAUGCCCGGCUCCACGAACUCGUGGCAGCAGGUCAUCGAGGCCGCGGACGAGAUGAUGCCCGCGGAGGUCCUCAACGGCAACGUCGUCAUCGAGACCUCGUUCUUCGACGGCGACAUGCUCAUCGCGAAGUGCCGCGUCCGCAUCUUCUACGACGCAUAG